AUGACUGCUGGGAUGAAGGACAUGCCCAUCGAGCCUGCCAGCGGCAUCGACCCAGACUGGGCAGCCCAGUUCCCGCUCGCCACGAAGGGCCGGCAUGUGGUCAAUCAACAAGGAAGGCGCUUCCACCUCAGAGGCAUCAACUGGUACGGCGCGAGUGACCACAAUCACGUGGUGGGAGGCUUGAAUAUUCAGAGCUUGGAGACCAUAUGCAAGACAGUGCAGUCUCUGGGCUUCACCGCUGUGCGGCUGCCCUUCUCCAACGAGAUGUUGAGAAGCAGCGUCCGUGACGGCAGCAUCGACUUCAGCAAGAAUCCCCAGCUCAAAGGGCUCACGGCUCUGGAGGUUCUGGAUGAAGUGAUGCACUGUUUGGCCCGACACCGGGUGGUUUCCAUUCUGAACAACCACACGACCCACGGCGAGUGGUGCGGGGGCCCAGACCGCAAUGGGCUGUGGUUCGACCCGAGCAGCAGCUUCUACACGGAGGAGCAGUGGCUACAAGACUGGACCAUGCUGGGGAGACGAUAUCGGCACUGCAGCUACGUUGUCGGCUUCGACUUGCGCAACGAGGUCCGGUUCUGCCCCUGGCCCUUCCGAUACCCCAUCUGGUUGGGAACUGGUCCAAGGAUCCUGCGACAACUUCUUCGCUGGCUGGGCUUCCAUGACUGGGCCGACGCGGCACAGCGCUGCGCACGACAGCUUCUUCAGGCCUGCCCAGACAAGCUCCUGGUUGUGGAGCGCCGGAUUUGGCCCAUGAGGGGACUUCGCAGCUAUGAGACAUCUCUCUUACCAGAGCUCCAAAACCGCUUGGUUCUCGGCGUCCAUCACUACAGCUGGAACGGUCCCGGGCGCUACUUGCCGUUCGCACAUUUGAGAAGGGAAGGCUGGCAGCUCGUUUCCAGGAAUCUGUUGAGAUUUAUGCGGAUCUUCUCCCAUAAGAACUACGGCGAGAUGUCGGACAGCGAGCUUUCCGGGGUGCUGUCCGAGCAGUGGGGCUGGCUCCUGGAGCGUGACGUCUGCCCCGUGUGGGUCAGCGAGUUCGGCACGGGGCCCGCGCCGGGGUUUGACCUGGACUGGUUCCAGCGCUUCGUGGGGAUUCUCGGCCGUUUCGAGGUGGACUUCGCUUAUUGGCCCUUGAAUGUAGGCGCGAAGCCUGGUGGUGGCGGAGAUGAGGGUUACGGCAUGCUGUCGAAAGACUGGACCCCAAAGCCGGAAGGAGACAUCCGGCUGAAUUUGCUGCUCGUACGGAAUACUGUUGCCGGCAGGCGCCCUCGUGUGCUGACAGGUGCCGAGGCGGCACUCGAGGACUUUUGGCAGACGCACCUGACUGCGGAUGCAAUGGCCAAUACCAUGCGCCAAGCCACUUCCGACACCUUCCAGCUGCUGCUUACAGCGUUGUGGCUCUACACUCGCGAGGCCUGGCUUCGGCACCUCCUGGAUGCCCUGGCCGCGGCGGUGUACGGAGCGCACGGCACCCGCGUGAGUGAGGGCAACCGUGGUGCCACGGGUGCCGCACCCGAGUGGCCCCUUGGACUCCCAGCCGACUUCGCCCCUGUGGCGCCCUUUGUGGAGUCCCUCGCGCCGUGCAUGCAGCUCGUGCAGGCGGCCCUCCUGUGGUUUGAGGAGGCCAACAUCCGGCACACAGCUGUGACGUACCGACCUCUGCAACUUCCAAUGCUCGGGCUGCAGAAGCUGGUCGACCGGUACGUUGCUGCACGGAAAUCGGGCGAACCUGUGCAGGAAACCGGUCGGCUGGACCUCGGCUACUGGCUCUCCUUGGGUGGCGGAUCCUUCUUCAGCUCUCUGUCUUCUCGCAGCAUGGCCAUCUCCCGACUGGCGAAGACUCGUUGCAAUGUGCUGGUGAUCAUCAGGCCUGAUGAGACAUCACCAAGCUAUCCCAAGCAUAUGUCGCUGCGAGGAAGCAACGUGGACGACUCCAUCUUCUCCCUGGACACCCUUUUCCGGAUCGGGCGCAUCACCCGCACCGUGAGCUCUGAGCUGGACGUGGACGGCUCCGCACACUUCGCCGGGCCUCGGGCGCGGUGGCCGGUGAUCAUCAUCGAGGUCUACUCUGUUAGCUGCUUCACGGAGGUCAUGGAGCUGCUGCAGAGCCGGCAGCAGCUGCACCCCGGGGAGCUCGCGGCAAAGCUUGAGGAAUGGGUGGUUUCAGCUCCGCCCGACAGGGAAGCCGACCGGCGACUGGCCGCCGGGCAAGUCCUGCAGAAGGCGGCUGCUGACAUGAAAGGCAAUGGCAUCCUGAAGGCAAAGUCUGCCGAGGUGGACACCUUCAUGCAGAAGUCCCGGCAGAUGCUCUCCAAAGCGGCAGAGACUGCCAUUGCCGCGGGCCAGCUUGAGACUGCGACCGAGGCGCUGCUGGCAAAAGCCCGCAUUCCCGGGAGCAACAAGGAGAAGGACUGCAUGCAGGCUGCCGCAGUUCACAGGGCUGAAGUAGCUUGA